UCGCUGUGUCACGGCGCGGCCUGAGGGGACGGCGGCGCGCGGGCGGCCAUGGAGUACCUGAUCGGCAUCCAGGGCCCCGACUACGUCCUGGUGGCCGCCGACACGGUGGCGGCCUCCAGCAUCGUCCAGAUGAAGCACGGAACUGCGGGCCGAUCUCUGUCACUCAGAGUGAGCCUAGGUCUCAAAGGGCUGGUUGAUCAAGUUUCCAAGCCUGAGCCCGUAUGACUGCACUGUGUUGGGUUGUCAUGUUAACUUACCUGUUCAGACCAUGAUAAAAUGUUUAAGAUGAGUGAAAAGAUCUUACUCCUGUGUGUUGGGGAGGCUGGAGACACUGUACAGUUUGCAGAAUACAUCCAGAAAAAUGUUCAGCUCUACAAAAUGAGAAAUGGUUAUGAAUUGUCUCCUACUGCAGCUGCAAACUUUACGCGGCGAAACCUAGCUGACUAUCUUCGGAGUCGAACCCCUUACCACGUGAACCUGCUCCUGGCUGGCUAUGAUGACCACGAAGGUCCUGCCCUUUAUUACAUGGAUUACCUUGCGGCUCUGGCUAAAGCUCCCUUUGCAGCACACGGAUACGGUGCAUUCCUCACCCUCAGCAUCCUUGACCGCUAUUACAAACCAAGUAUCACACGUGAGGAAGCUGUGGAGCUCCUAAAAAAAUGUCUAGAGGAGCUUCAGAAACGCUUCAUCCUAAAUCUGACUUCUUUCAAUGCCCGGUUCAUUGACAAAGAUGGCAUCCAUGAAGUGGAUAAUAUCCCCCUUGCAAAAGCGAUGUCCUAACCCCUGAGGUCUUUCUUCAGCAGUCUUCUUUUUUGUUCACUUUUGGUUUUUUCUAUUCAUUUGAAGCACACAAGUCAUGUACUGCACUGGGAGAUCGAAUAAAGAUUGACGUUUAUAUAGCCAG